AUGGGGAAGUGGAAUCGCACCCCGGCCAUCGCGAAGAAGCGAUCUGGCCCAAGUGGCAUCGGGUUUAGCCCGCAGAAAAGGAGUGUCGGUGGUGCCAAGGUAAUUUGCUGCCGCUAUUCGGAUGUAGCCAAUGUGUUUUCAGAUCGUGGUGGCAGAGGCAUCCUGCAGGACUCGGAUCCGACUUCGAAGCUGUUUGGCUUUUUUUUUGUCCCUGGAGAGACCCAGCCGUUGCUGUACAAGUUCACGGAAUGUUUGCGUCAGUUCAUGGAGGAGCAAGGAGACAAUUUGGAUAACUUCUGUGAGGCCAACUCGAUGAAGCUGGUAACAUCGAAUGGAUGGGAUCCAAUGCGGUUGGGUAUGGUGAACUUUUCAAGAGCUGCCGACAUUGCUAUCCCCGAAGACCAGAUUGGGCCGGUUGUGAGAAACAUGAUUUUGUUCUUUGAUGACUUCCUUCGUUGGCGUUUCUCCAAGGUGACUGCAAAGGUGAAGCUUGUGGAAUGGAUCUUGCCAUCCAAUGUGGAGAUGUCCUUGGAAGAGUUGGAGUGCCCAGGUGUGUCAGUGUCACGUGGAGACUAUGCGGUGAAGAGUGCGCUUCUUGGAAACCUUCAUGGUUUUGAGGGCCCUGCUGGCCCGAAGCACCUGGUGCUCGUGGUGGAGUUCGUGCAGGAGCAGAUUGCUUUGACUCUGGAUGGUGAUGGCUACCCGCAUCGUAGCCUGUUACAGCCUUUCCAGCAGAUUCGGGAGCGCACCGAUGGGUCCAAAGAGUACAGCUACAGUACAGGUUUGAUUGACUACUCCGAUGCGAUCGGUCAUGAGAUCGUUGGCAGUGCAAUUCACCAUCGCUAUGUUCUGAUGAAGCCGGCGUUGACUGUGGAAGAGAUUCCUUCAGUGGCUGCUGUCAAGUGCUGGAACUCGUUGUGUGAAUUGCCCAAUUCGCUGGGCGAAGAGAUUUCGCUUGCGCAGGUGCAGACGCGUUGGCCGGAUGCUACAGCAGUUGCGCUUGGUAUUCGUGCUUUGCAUGUGCGGAGGCACGGGCUUGAAUUCUGA